CAAACAUUAUGAAAUCCAAAGAGGGAGAGAUAUGGAGUUUGUAUGAUCAACCACACGUACUUUUCCUUACUUUUUCGUAUGAUCUACAUUACAAAAUCAAAUGGUUUCUGAUGCAGAAGCUUAUCUAUAGGAAGCUGCGUCGUCGCUUCCGGAAGAUGAGGCCGAGGGGUCUGAGUCUCCCUCGGCGGAUGAAGAAUCCUGAUGAGGAUUUGAAGCUUCCCCUAUCGGAGAGGCAGCCUCCGAUCCUAAGUUCAUCCGCAGGGGAAGAGCCCUGGAGCGACAGUGACGACUACUUGCUCGAGGGGCCUGCCGACUCCCAGGCCGAUGAGGAUGGCGGUGGUGAUGAAGCUGGUGGCGGCAGCGGAGAGGACGUUGGCCAGAGCAAGGAGCAAGCCGAUGAGGCAGCGUAGGUUGUGCUUUGCUUUUUUAUUACUUUUGUAGCUCUAGCACCAAAGUGCAUGUAACGGCCGAAGCGCCCACCUUUUGUAUUCGAUAUCCGGAAUUAAUGAACUCUUUUGCCUUUGAAUGAAUGUGUUGC